AUGUGGUGUAGCUUUGAAGGGGAUGAAUUUGGGUAUUUGAUUGCAGAUAACACACAUGCAUCAGAUUCAUCUGAGAUAUGUGUUAAAUCUUGUCUCCUUAUGGCUGCUGCAAAUGCUGGAGAGAUUAACCAUGCGCAGCCUGGCCCCAUUGACACGUCAGUGUUGACGUUGCAGCCCAACCAUCGAUCAGAAGCCAUUUGGAAUGGGCAGGAUCCAGGGUCCCUUAAAUGUCGUGCCCGUAGUGAAGAGUUCUCGAAUCGAGAGCCAAUGGUGGAUGAUCGAGUGAUUGACAUCAUUAAGGCACUUGGUUUGGAGGGACUUCUCAGGACUCCGGGUAGAGAGAUUGAUCAUGGCCUGAUAACGGCCUUAGUGGAGCGAUGGCGGCCCGAGACUCACACAUUCCACAUGCCGCAUGGUGAGGUCACCAUCACAUUGCAGGAUGUGGAGGUUCUUCUUGGACUUCCUGUUGAUGGUGACGCUAUAACAGGGAGCACACAAAAAAUAUGGGAGACUGUGUGCGAUGAGUACCUUGGCUUUCGACCUGCCAAUGAAGACCAUCUGGAAUGUACUGGCCAGAGGAUUCUCAUCAAACGGCUUUUGGAGCAAGUUGCCAAUCCACUGCCGCCUAAUGCUGAAGACGAUGAAGUGCAUAGGUACGCACGAUGCUACAUCCUAGCACUAUUGGGGGACACAAUCUUCAUGGACAAAUCCGGUGAUAGGGUGCAUCUAAUGUGGGUGCAGCAGUUGGAAGACCUUCGCAACCCACGAAGGUAUAGUUGGGGAAGUGCUUGCCUUGCAUGGCUGUACCGACAGUUAUGCAGGGCAAGCGAUAAGAGAGCCAGUCAGAUUGGUGGGUGUUUACUGUUGGUCCAGUAUUGGGCGUGGGCCAGAUUCCCCUUUUUGUGCCCGGCAGUUGAGCGUGGCCCACCAGUGGGUGCUUAUGGUCCUCCAGUGCGUGGUCCACUGUCCCUUAAGUGGAUGUGGGUCCCAAACAAGAAAAAUAGGCCCGCCCAGGUCUUUAGGGACAGGUAUCGGGAGCAAAUAGCGUUAAUGUUGCCAAACCAGGUGGUGUGGCAGCCGUAUGAAGAUGAAUACGAGAACCUUCCGCCGUGGUGCGUUGCAGGGAGGGCAGUGUGGACGGCAAUGGUGCCGCUUGUAUGUUUCCAUCUAGUAGAGAAACAUACACCGGAUCGUGUCGUUCGGCAAUUUGGGAUGAUCCAAGAAAUUCCCCGCCAUGUUAACACGGACCCGGUGCUUCAUGCCAUUGAUUUGAGGGGGAAGAUGGGUGUUGAUUGGAUGCGGAGACAUGCUAUGCAUCUCACGGAGUGGGGUCAUCGCCUUCAACAUCGUUGUGAAGCAGUGCUUGGUGAUAUGCCUCUACAGCACCAGUACUUCGAUUGGUUCACAAGGAUAACUCGAAGGUUUAUCGAUAUCCCCGGUGCUAGAUUCAUUGUAAUGAUUGAAGGAUAUGUCCGUAUGAUGCGUCGUCACCCAGUGGGUACGGAGGCCCACAAUGACAUUAUUAAUGUGCUGGAGGCAGUGCAUGAGAUUGGCCGUGUACGACCUCGGGAACCUGAGGGCCCGAACGAACCGGCAGCUACUCCUGCGGCAGCGCCUACUCAGAGGCCAAGCACUACUGAGAGCCCAAGCACGAGCACAGCUCCUACCGGACGUUGCUCUCGUCCGCCUGUUGCUACCCCUCAGGUUCUCCCUACCCUCGAUCCCUCUCCAUCCACCGCACAUCCAUCCCUUAGCCCCACCAUCCCUUCACCCACCCCACAUCCAUCCGUUAGCCCCACCAUCCCUUCACCCACCUCACAUCCAUCCCCUACCCCCACCAUCCCUUUAGCCACUCCACAUGAGUCCCCUAGUCCCACCAUCCCUCCACCCACCCCACAUGAGUCCCCUAGUCCCACCAUCCCUCCACCCACCCCACGGUCAUUUCCUGAGCUAUCACCUAUUCCAUCAUUUGACCUGGGUCUUGAUCAAACCCCUCCUGACUUGCAACCCCUCCCACCUUCCCACAGUACGUCCACUGGCCCUUCUUCAGCCGUUGACCCACCCCAUGUUCAGUCUGAGCAGCCUGUUGGGUUAGCUGCAGCGGCAGAAGGUCGGCCAAAACGCAUAUCUAAGGCACCUCUAUGUGGGACAGGGGGGCACAAACAUGGACACAAUGCUGGGCCGGAGGCAUCUGACGAAGGACAUGCAAGACCUCCUCCUUAUUAUACGAGAAAGCGUAAGGUUCAAAAAAGGUUACCAACAAUUCAACAGUGUUGUAGUGCAGCAGCGAAAGUGAGUUGUAGUUUCUCAAUCAAGUGA